AUGAACGCUCUAAGGAAGCUGGCUUGGACUAUUGUGAAAUGGCCACUCAAAACCCUGUACAAGAAAGGGCCCAGGCUCUUGUACCUAUGGGAAGGCCUUAGCGAAGAAAAUAUUUGCUACGAGCUGACAAAAAUUGACGCUUUCUUCUGGUCUUCGUCAGAAGAAUCCAUGUUAGCCUGCGAGGAGCUGAUCUCUCGGAAAUUCGAGGCUUUUGUUAUCUCUGUCUACGGGUUUCUUUUCGCAUACCUCGCCUACACACUCUUUUGCAUCAAGGUGUACGAGUACGUCGCCCGUUCCAGGCUAAACGCUCUUCUCGAGAGUGAGAACAAAGCUUUGAGCAUCCGCGACAAGCAUGAGGUGUCGAAACCAUCGAAACCAGAGUCAUAG